UCUCAUUUGCCUGCAAAGGCUGAUAAACCAGACUCUGUCUUUGCCGAUAAGCAAAACUCACAGGAUCUGGAGGCAGUGAAGGAAAGCUAGAGGGAAUUAGAGGGGUUUUCCUCCAGCACCACAGUAUCAGUGCUUAUCCCCCAGGACCUGAGAGACUUGGAAGAAAUGUUGCAGAGGUUGCAGAGGUCAAGGAGACGCUUGCUGGGUUUGUGUGUCCAAGGAGCUUGAUUUGCAUUAAGACAUUUCUCCUUGUUUGAUGGAGCAAUUACCCUGAGCAAGGAAAGAAGAGGCAGCUCGGUUUGCAUGCAAGAACAAAAAGGACCAGCUGUGAUGUGCUUGUGUCUCCCAACAGCCCAAGAUGCAUCCUGAAGUGCUACUUAGUAGAAUGAAGUCCACCUAUACCUGUGUCAUUUCAUCCCAAAAUGGUGUCCAUACAGAUUCAUGAUUUCUACAUGAAUUUGACCAUUUUUUUCCAGUUGAUAAGGAAAUGGGAUAGAACAGGCCCGUAGAUGGACAUAUUUUAAAUUGACACAUACUGGAAAUAAACUGAUUCAGCUGGCUUUCAGUGAAAUUUCUAAUUGCUUCAUUUUAUAAGUCAAGCAAAACCAGGCUGAAAACAUCUGUCACAUCCUCAUUCCUUUAAACAGCAGGGAACUGAAUCUUCUGCUCUGUCCUUCUAGAGAAGAAAUGGCAGCACUGGAACAGAAACUGACACUUUUCAGCCCAUCCUAUUCAUCCCCAGUGAGUGCCUCCCUUACAAACAAUGGCUCCAUUGCAGAAAACUCUACUUGUGGUUAUGUUCGGAAAGAUCACAACAUCAAUGAUGGGGGAAUAUUUUCAAUGAUCUUCAUCACUCUUUUCAUCUGCCUUGUUGGGUUUGUGUGUAAUGGAAUGGUCAUCUGGCUCCUUGGCUUCCGCAUUAAGAGGACUCCCAUCAACACGUACUUACUGAAUCUCUCCAUCGCAGACUUUGGUGUGGUCACAAGUGUGAUUGCAAUUGAUGCGUAUUGGCUUGUAGCCAAAUUGGAUUACAGCCAGUACCGCGACCCUCUGAAGUCAAUCUUUCGCACUCUUUUCCUGUUCAUGUACAGCAAUAGUCAAUUUCUGUUGACAGUCAUCAGCAUCGACAGGUGUGUGUCCGUCUUCUUCCCACUUUGGUACCGAUGCCACCGGCCACCCUACCUCUCCACCGUGGUGUGUGCAGCCAUAUGGAUCCUCACCUUCCUUCUUUCUCCUCUUCAUGCCAUUCUCUUCCUAACUAUACAGUACUGUGACCUGUGGUUCCACCUGUUUCUUCUGAAUGGUUUGGUUUUCACAUCCAUCAUGUGUGUCUCCACCAUAACCCUGUUCAUUAAAGCCUGUUUAAUAUCAUCACAGCAUAAGCGGGGAAAACUUUUAACCUCCAUCUUGCUUGCACUCCUCUUCUUCCUGCUAUUUGCUUUUCCAAUGAAUGCCAUUCAGUAUCUCUCCUUUCGUAUUCCCUAUUUUGAUAACCCUUAUCUCUAUGAAUACGCCUACAUAUGUGCCUCUCUGAACAGCGCCGUGAACCCAGUCAUCUAUUUCCUGGUAGGAAGGCAGAAGAACACUCAAUCUAGGAGUAUGAAAGUUAUUCUGGAGAAGGUUUUCACGGAGGAAGAAGAAUACAGGGAGGCACCUGACUUCCCUGUUCAAACCCAAGUAUGAUACCCCCAAAAAAGCAUAACGCUGCUGGCAUUGUCACUAUAUUUCCAACAAUGCAUGUUUUUUUACACUUUAUAUUCAAGAAUAUCAGAUAAUCCC